AAAUGUCAACUGAUAUAAAGUUUCUUGCACGAGGCCCAAUGAUGAAUGCAAGGAGAUUUUCUGUUUAUGACAUCAAUGGAUUAAUUCACACGGGUGAGCGUGAAGAACAUGAACCUUAUAUUGAAGCAUCUCAAGCACAAAUGGUGUAUUAUGUUGAUGAUAUGGGAAAUAAAGGGUGGAGUAUUGUUGUGUAUGUCAAGCCAAGGGAUAUAUAUGACAUGGGUCAAGGAAAUGAAGAUGUAGUGUACGAAAAUGAGCCGUAUCAAGAGCAAGAACUUGAACAAUUAUUUGACCCCAAUAAUGAGUACAUCCAAUUAGCUACCAAUUUAUUAGAUAGCGAUGCUAUUGAAGAUAAUGUAGCUACUAACUUGGCAAGAGAUAUGUUUGAAUGAAAAUUUGUACAAAAUUUUACCAAAGGUAACAUUUUAAACUUUUUAUUUAUUAUGCAUGCAUUUGUGUG